ACAUUUAAGUAUGUGAGGCUACAUUUACUAGCUUGUAAGUUUACACCAGGAUGGGUUGCCUAGCCUGCGUAGACCACCAUUUCUUUGUGCAUAGUGACGUCAGACAGUAACGCCGUGUACGAAAUGUAAACAAUAUCAACAAAAACAUUUUAUCAUAGCAACAUUUCAUGGAAUUAUCAUCAAGCUUCAACCAGUAGCAAUGGCAGCAAUGAAGGGAUUUAGUUUUUCAUCUGCGUGGUAUUUUAGCGCAUUUAUUUUUUAUUCACACCUUCUGUGUAUUAUAAUGCUUAUAACAAAUGUGGACUCGGGAAAUAAGUAUUCCGCGGAAGCGAACAAAAAGUUUUACAAGCCAGAAGGAAAUGUAAACUUACAGACACUCCAAAAACCAUUUAGGAUGGCAAAGCUGAACACGUUGUGGGCUAAAGCUCAACAGAGACUUACUGAAACAAAACUGAAGUCUCUGUUCAGUGACUUAAAAAUUCAAGACAAAGAGGAGAUAGCAUGGAAGCAGGUAAAGACAGAAGGCCUGGAUAAGGAAGGUUUGAAAGAAGCACAGCUGAGGAAGAAGUUGACUGGAAUAAUGAACUCAUAUGGACUCUUGGAACAUUUUGAAGACAUCACUGACCCAAAACUGUUGAAGCAACAUAAGGCUUUUAAUGAUGCCUCUGAUGACUACAUCAACAAGAGCUUGUUCAAGGACAAGAAGCUAAACAAGUUAUGGCUGAAAGCAGAGAAAGCUGGAUUUACUCCUGAAGAGUUGAGUGUGUUGAAGGAAGAAUUCAUGCACCAUCAAGAUAAGAUUGAUCAGUAUUACACUAUAUUGAAAGAUGUGGAAUCACCUAAUGAUACUGAAGAAAAUUCCGUUGACGACAAACUGGAAAAAUUCAAUCGGAUUGAACGAGCUGAAGAGGGAGAGAAUGUUGACAAGAGUUAUUUGCACAAAGCAAACUUGUUAAGAGAAAGGCACAAGGAUAUUCGCAACGGCUACGAUCGUUUGCAUCGCAUUGCUGCCAAAGGUCCCAGUAGCAAAGAAUUCAUUGAGCCACGGGUGGAGGGACUAUGGAGAAUGGCUAUCGAGGCUAACUUCACACCUGAAGAAUUGGAGUCACUAAGGGGGGAGCUGAUGCACUACGAGAACCGCGUGCUGAAGCUGCGACACAUGCAGGCAGAGGCGGCCGUGGGCUCGGACCGGCGCCAGGCCAAGGAGGCCCAGCUGGGGGCCAAGACGGACGGCAUCAGGAUGAUGGAGGACAACGUCAAGAAACAGAUGCGCAAGGUGGAGAAACUUCACCUCGAGCUGGAGGCCAAGAUCAUGCAGAGACACGUCGAGCUGUGACGGGAGACUCGGGGAGCUUUGCGAGACGGUCUUCGAGAGAGUUGCUGUCCGUAGCAGACCGAGGAACGAGAUCCGCUGACGGACUGAAACGUACGGACGGAAAGGAAGAAAAAUGCUUGGAAAGAAGGAUUAGAAGUGUUAUACUGGCAUCAUUUUUGUGAUAUUGCUAUGGAUACGUGUACAUGUUUAAAAACAUGCAAAUAGUAGUGGGAUAUUUUUUUCAGUAACUUGAUUAUAUGGGCCUAUGUAUUUUUGUGCUGAAAUUUACAUUAAAUGCUGUGUAUUAAUAAACUUUAUCAAAAAUUCUAGGGAAAAAA